AAAUCAAUUUCCUGUUAGCAAUCCGCCCACUCGUCUUUUGUGAAAAAAAAAACCUACAUAAAUCACCAGUGUCGUUAUUUAAUUUAAACAAAUAUGUAGAACACUUAUACAUCCAUACCGAAUCAAAAUAAUAUUAAUACUAAACGUUUUGAAAUUUUUCCAUAUUUUUAUUUUUUUUUUUUUUGUAAAAAUGAAGACGUCAUUUUUUUCGAUUAUUAUUUUGUGUUAUUCGUGCGUGGUGCAGAGAUCGCAUUGCCGGUCGGCGAACGAUUUUUUAAAAGACGUCUUUUCUCUCGACGAUGACGACAAUAGGUUGAAAGAUGAACUCUCGUGCUCGACAAUGGAAUGCCAAACGGCAGGUAAAAUACUAAAAUAGAUAUACGUAUUGAUAGAGCCACAAACGUAUUACGUGGACCCAAUGGGGUAGGGAUAUUGACCCUGGAUGCUACAUUUUAAAAGGUGUCAUAAUCUUUUAAAAACAUGGUUGGAUAGAAGGGAAAUGUUUUUUAUUUUUUUGAUAUUUACCUUAUGCCGCACUCGCUCAACAGGGCCUAAAACAGUGUAGUUUAGAGCUCAGAAUAUGCAGUACAUAAUUUAGAGUGCGCACAGUGCAGCUUGAAAUUCCUGUGAAUUGUAAAAAACUUUGCUCUUAAAAGGAUUGGAAAACGAUAUUUUCUUUCUUUGUCGAACGUGGCAAAGCAAUUCAGAACGAUUUCCCUUCAAUCAAUCCAGUCGAUUCAUAUGAUAAUAGUUUUAGCGAUAGUAAAAUUCUGGAAAAAGAUUUGAAUUCAGCGUCAACUGUCCACGACAUCGAUCAGGCCGAUUUUCAUCUAGACAAUAAAUUCAGAUGGUAUGCUUGCUUACCUUUAUCGAUCAAUAUGCACCGGUUUUUCUUUUGGUCAUUCUGAAUUUAUUAUGUCCGUAUUCGGCCAGAACAACAGUUUUUUAGUUACCCGUAUAAAACAAAUGAUUUUCGUAAAUUUUACCACACACAGUAUAAUUAUAAACAUACGUAUGUGCGGUGACAUAGCUAAGAUUUACCAAUUCUCCAGUGAAUGUUCCUGAACCCCCCGUUUUGGGGGGGUUAAAGGAUCUCCGACUUUCCUAACCUUAUCUAAAGCUAAAAUAAAAAUAGCAAUUGAGGAUUACAACAUCCGAGACCGUCCAUGGCUAUGCCACUGUGUGUGUGUGUUAAACUAAAUCAAGAAAAUAUCAUCGUAAACGGUAUUACGAUUCAUAUAAAUUACAGAAUAUCUAUUGAAGAGUAUGAAUAGAUCCGUGGAUCCGUGCGAGGAUUUCUACGAGUAUACGUGCGGGCUGUGGGUGAAAGACCAUCAGGUUCAAGCGACCAAAGUUUCGUGGUACCAGUACAAAGAAGCCGAGAAAACCAUAAUGAACAAUUUGAAAGGUGAGCGUAAAAACAGUUUUUUCGAGGGGGGGGGGGGGAGGAGGAAACAAUAAAUUUUGAAAUAUCUAAAAUAUAAUAUUUGAAAAAAUGUACUUAGAAAUUUUAGAAGACGAAAAUGUCGACGACGUUUUAGCACCAGCGCAAACGUUUUACAAGAGUUGUUUGAAUUCCGGUAAAUCUACGAUUAUACUUGAAUGGUUAUUUUUAUAAUUAAUUGUAAUAUUAAACAUAGUCAACAACGAAAUGAACUUGGAGUACUUGAAAUCGAUCAUUUCGUUGUUCGGCGGAUGGCCGAUCGACACGAAAGAGCACAGCGAUAAGUUACGGUCGUUGGACUGGAUGAAAGUUUAUGUAUACAUGGAGAAAAAUUGGAAAAUUCCGACAAUUCUGGAUACGGGUAUAUCGAUCAAUUACAUGAACACCAGCCAAUAUAUUUUGACGGUAAUAAGGUGUUGCUGUUGGUCCACCUUUUUUAAAAAUAAUUUUUGUAUUUUUGGGUGACCCCAUCCCCCAAUAUAAAUAUUUGUCACAAGAAACAAAAAAAAACCAUUUCACAUUUUACUAUUUUACGCGCUUAGUUGAAUUGUGAAGUUGACACAACAAAGUUCACAGAGCUUAAAAAAAACCCCUUUCGGUAACUCACUGUCAAUUGUUAGAAUUUGUUUGAGAAUAUAAACAAAAUAAUUCGACUUUAAAAUGUUUGGUGCCCAAUACCACACUUGGCUAUAGACUUAAAAAAAAAACUCAUCCUAAAAUAAUAAAAUAGGUAUGUUAGAAAUUUUUAGAAAUGUAUGGAUCCUCUAAAAUUAAAAGCCACGUACACAAAAGAAAAUAUGAUGCUGGGAAGUUCGCACUACAUUAAGAUUAAAUGAAACGAUAUUGCGGUUAUUCCUUGAAAAUUUCAAAUAAUAGGUUCAUAAAAUUUAAUUUUAUACUUUUUAUUCAAAAAAAUUUAGACCAAAACCAUUAUUUAAAUUUUUUUCAAUACUUUUCCUCUAAUGAAGUUUCCAUAAAAAUGCAUGACAUAAAUGUAAAGGUACGAAAAUAUUACAUUUUUACAUUUUAAGUUUCCUACAACAUAAAAUUACGGUCAAACAAAUUUGAACCUUUAAAAAUUUAAAAUAACAAUUUUCAAGUAACAUUAUUUUGUAUACUAAACGCCUUUUUUCCUCCAACAUCACAACACCUCCACCUUCAAACUACAUAUUAUGAACAAAUAUUGUUGGGUUGCAUAUUAACAACGUCAGAAGUAAUUUAUUGGAUCGUUAUCUUAAGUUGUUUACAUAUAAACGCGUAAACAUUUAUUUUUUUUUCCUUAUAUACAUAUACAUAUUUAUGUUAAUUUAAUUGAAUAAAAAAUUAAAUAUUUCAACAAUUAAUUUACCUAAUGGAAAAACAAUCAGUUAUAAAACCUGGUUAAGUUUUUAAUAUUAUGUUAUGAAUGUUUACAAUUAGAGGUACUUUGAUAAAAAUAUUUAUUUUUUUUUUAAAUUUAAUUUAUUUAAAAAUGAAGCACAUUAGGUUUAUUAUCCCAAGAAACUUUAUAAAAAACAACUUUAGUAUUGAUAUGUGUGUUGCGUAUGAUGUACAAUAAAUAUAAAGAAAUAUAGGGAAUAUUAAUUAUUUAACUAUAAAUAUAUAAGUACUAGUAGGUAAUUACAAAUGAUUACAAAUGAUUACAAAUUUAGCGAGAACUACCCAUUCUUCGUCAUAAUUUGAGGCAAUGAGGAUUGAAACAAUAUUUCUGGUGGAAAAGAUGAUUAUAAAAAAUAUAAGGAAAAAUGUUAAAAAGGUCUCCUAGGAUAAUUGGGACGGGUGCAGCCACUGUUAUAGAUAAUUUAGUGUACACCUGUAAACAAUGAUAAACCAUUGCUUACAAAAAGACCGAUAAUGAGCGGAGUUCAGUUGAUAAUGAUGCUUUGUCAACAAUUUAUACGCUAUUUCAUAAUAAAAUAAUUAAAUAGACUCUUAUAUAUUUUUUUAAUAAUAUUUAUUUGAUAUUGUAUCGAUUUUCCCUGUUUUUCUACGUUUUUUCCGGUUUUCUGUGUUUUAUCCUGAUUAUUCACAUUUGCUGGGAAAACUCAUAGGAAAAUCGAAAAAUUACCUCCCUGAAGUACCUUCCCGGUUAAAUUUCCUUUCAAAAAAAUUGAUGUCAUUAUAAAUCGGAGACAAAUUGCUUGUAGAAAAGUUGUUCACAAGAAAUAAAUACGCCGUAAAAUAUUUAAACUAAUACCUACAUUUCUUAUAUUGUCUCGUUUUUCCUCUGGUUUUUUUCGGUUUUUCGAAUUUGAUAAGAAAAUUCCUGAGAAAAUCGAAAAAUAACCUCUCUAAAGUACAUUUUAGUGAAAUUUUCUUUUAGAAACAUUGCUAGCAUUAUAAAUUAGAGCGAAAUUGCUAGUUAAAAAGUUGUGCACAGGGAAAAAAAUCGUAAUAUAUUGUACUAAUAUAUUUCGUACAUUUUUCCGUUUUUUUGUAUUUGAUGGUAAAACUCUUGAGAAAAUCGGAAAAUGAACUCUUUAAAGUACCUCUCUACACCGGUUUCCUUUCAGAAAAGGCGCUACGCUUAAAAAUCUGAGCAAUUCUCUGGUAAGAAAGUUGCACACAGAUAAAAAACAAAAAAAAAUACAUCUUUGUAAAAUAAUAAGCUUCUCUGUUCCACUCGGAAUCUCAGAAUCUAAAUAACGGACACUGUGUGCACGUGGGCAGCCUACUAUUGUAAGUGAGACGUUGGAAGGUAGUAAAUGGGAAAUUAUGUAUACCCGUACACCGCGCGCAUAAUAAAACCAAUUUAUUCCUGGCUACGCUCAGAAUCUAAAACAUAUAUUUAAAAAAAAAACUACUACAAUACCCACACAUUUUUCCCGCCAUGUAAAACCUAUAUUAUAAACUUCGGGUCAAAUUACUACAUCUAGUCUAAACGCCGGUGUCUAUAGAUAGUGCUUAGUAUCUAUCUAGAUACUUACUGCCUGUUACCUAUACUUGGUCGUUUGACAAACUACCAACACACGUAUUUAUCAUAAUACGAUUAGUACAGUGUCGCGUAUGUAUAAUAAUAUAACAUCGUCGUGACGUGGAGUUAUACUGAUAGAACUAUACGAGAUAAGCGAAAUAGACGCAACAUAAUAGAAUUAUUAUUAUACGAACAAAAAUAUGCCUAUUCAAUUUUCGAUUGGUGAAUGGCGUACGCGGGGAUGCUCAGUCUUCCGAAAACCCAUUCAGCCUUUUAAUUAUUUUAAUUAUGAACAAAGUGUUUCUUUCGUUCUGCACAGUUUGAAAUUUUUUUACACAAACGCAAACCAUAAGAGAACUAAUAAUACCCAGAGGAAAAUACGAGUCACGCAAUUCGUUUAAAAGGCCCGGGUGUAAUAACAAUUUUAUUCUAACGUUUCUGCAGAUAGGUCAACCGGAAUUAAUGUUACCGAGAUCGAUGUUCGUGAACCCGGAACGAUACAAGACUCAAGUAAACGCUUACUCAGAACUCAUUGCGGGCACUGCGUUUUUGAUGUACAAAGAAUUAGGAUUCGGACCGUCGCCCAAUCGGAAUAUAAAUUUCGGUGACGAAUACGCCGACGAAAUAAUUCAAUUCGAAACGCAAUUGGCAAAAGUACGACCGCAAUGCACAUUACUAUCAUUAUUAUCAUUAUUUAUUAAAAACAAGGAAAACAUAACCGUUUAUCAAUAAUUUAAAAUAGAUAAAAAAUUCCGGGGAGAUGAAAAGGAGCGAAAAAAUAUUGAAAAACCGCGUCAUGACAAUUGACGAACUCCAGACCGACAUCGACAGCAUGUCGAACGUUUUUCAUGUACGAGCAAUCAACUGCGUAUUUUUUUUCAAAACCGUACUUAUUCUUCUAUUCGUUUUGCAUUGCAUAACAUACUUGCACAUUAUUUACAGGUCGAUUGGUUGAAAAUGUUCGGGCUACUGUUCAAAGGCACCGACGUGAUUGUGAAAAAAACCGAAAGGAUAUUGGUAAAAGACGAGAACUAUUUGAAAAGUCUUCUGCGGGUGUUGGAAAUCACUCCGAAAAGAAUAUUGAGUGCGUACACUGUAUACAUAUAGAUGUAUAGAAAUAGCAGUAUUCAAUUCUCUCAUUUCGUUAACACCGCCGAGCGUUUUAUAUACAUAUAUGUAUUUUGUUUUUACAGUAAAUUAUAUGUCGUGGUGCUUUUUACGAUCGAUGCUAUCCGACAUCAGAGAAGAUUUGCGGAAUCUCGCACAGGAUUUCAACGUAGUAUACACCGGGGACGUUAAAGAAGUUGUCAGGUGAUUUCAUUUUGACCGUGAUAUUAUUAUUACCGUGUGCGUUAACCGUACUGCAAAAUUAUUAUGUUAGUUGACAUUAAAACCGUUCAUUUUUCCGAACCGAAAAAGUGUUUUCCGAGAAGAAAAAAACCAGAUCUCGGUAAAACCAACAGCUUCACAAUAGUUACCGUAGAUUCGCCUAUAAUGUAUUUAUUUGUCGAAAACGUUAACAUAUAGUCUUAUACGAAAUUUACUAGUUUACCUAAUCUAUACAUUUGUUCGUCGCGUCUUUAUUCGAUUCACUCCAACUGUGAAAGUUAUGUUUUUAAACAUCUUCAAAAUGUCGUUAUUCAGCUGUAAUUUAAUUUUUUUUAUUUUUCAUGACUUCUGUUUAGGUGGAUGGACUGCGUAUCCAUGACCAGCUCGUAUUUUCCAUAUAACGUCGGGUACAAAUAUGUCAAUAAAUAUUUCGACAAGUCUACAAAAGAAAUGGUGAGUACAAUAGUUACGGAUUCAAUGGCGUGGCGGACGACGUUUUCUAGUUUAAGCUUAGCCAUAGAAACAAAAGUAAAGUUGAAGGGAGGGAUGACGAUCGAAUAGUUGUUUGAGAUCGGCUUUGGAAUACAUUGGUCGGGGUUCGAAGUAUGCUCACGACGCCAAUGUUUACUUAUCACGAAACAUAUAAAUUGUAGUUUAAAAUUAUCGAACCAGACGUACGGAAUCGACACGUUUUAAAUAUUGUGCGGGUAUGUUAAAUAUGAAUUAAAAAUCGAAAUCGCUUACGAUUUAGGCCACGGAAAUGGUUAAAAACAUACGGGAGGCUUACAUGGAACAAUUGGAGAAUUUAGGAUGGAUGGACACCGUUACUCGCCAAUCCGCCAUCGAUAAAUUACAAUCUAUGCACGAGUUUAUCGCGUAUCCCGAUUGGUUUCACGAUCCUUUGUACCUACAAAACAAACUGAAAAUCGUAAGUAAACUGUAUAUUAUUAUUAUUAUAAAUAUCGGCAUAAAAACAACCAAUCGUAAAAUGUACCUUUAAUCAUUAAACAACUUCAUCGAUGAAAAGAAAAAAAAAAACAACGUAAUUUUGCGAUCAGUUUCCGUUUUAUACGAUCAAAUAGCUUGAUAAAUGCCUGCUAUAUUAUGUACUCUAAUGUACACUUAUGCAUCAACAGUUUACUCGUAAUCCGAAAAUCUAACAGAAAAUUCGGAAAACUGUACUGAAAAUCGCAUCGAUUACGCGUGGGUUCAUCAAUGAAUACGAUUAUAAUAAUCACAUAUUUCUAAACAGUAACUUUGAUAAUAACCGUGUUAAUAAAAUACCGAAAUUUCUAUCGUUUUAGACAAAUUACGAACAAUCAAUGACACGUUUUUAAAUUAAUUGCAAAUUACGCAAAUUAAAAAAAUUAACGUUUUCGGUUUGCUAUAAAAUUUCAGGUGAAUAUGACGGACAGCUAUUUGAUGAACUUGGAGAUUUUGCAAACGUCGUCGAACUUGAAAAAACUAUCGAAAUUAAACACUUUUCACAAUCACGCCGAGUAAGGACAAUACAUAAUAUAAUUAUUUUAGCGAUGUAUAAAAUAAAAUACAAUAUAAUUGGUAAAUGUUCAACGCAUUGCUUGCGAAAUACAGGGUGUCAUACGGCGUUAUCCGAAUGCAAAUAACAUUGCCAAUAUUCAUUUUUUUUUUUCCAUUCAGGUUUUGUGUAAGCGGGACAAAAAUUAAAUUUGUAUUUUCAUCUCUUGAUGACUGAAAUGUAAUAACGUUUCAAAACAGCCAUUUUGUAAAAUACACUAUUCCGGAAAUUCGAAUGUUACAUAGAUUCAUAUCCGAUCGCUAGUUUCUGAGCCGUUUUAAUAUACCGUGAUUAUAUCUUGUACUACGACCGUGAUCCGCUAUCGCGCGCAACGUGGUAACUGCACACCUUUCCCUGUAGAUACUAAAACUGCGAUUACAAAAAAAAAACUAUUGAUCGGAUAUGAAUGUAUAUGAUACAAUCGAAUUUUUUAGAAUAAUAUAUUUUACACAUUUGUUAUUUUGAACAUUUUAAAAGGUGAAAAUUAAAUUUAUUGUUUUUCAGCGAUUAAGGGAUAAAAAUAAAAAUUUAAUUUUCUUUUACAUUUGUGCACCCCGACACGAAACCCGAUUGAAAAAAACAAAUGUAACGAAUGCUAACAGAGCCAUUAGCAUUCGGAUAACACUGUGUAUAUGUAAAAUUAAUAUCAUAAUUUUUUUUUAAUUAGAUGGACAAUGGACGUGGUCAGUGUAAACGGGUACAACGACGUCUACUCGAACGCGAUAGGUAAAAUGUCAAAGAACUUUAUGUAUUAUUAGGUAUUCACGGUGUUAAAUUGAAGUAAGUUACGGUAUUUUUACUGAUUUUCUAUCAAUUUUGCCCAAUCUGUUAACAAAAUCAUCCAUUCUCAAUCUAUUAUACUGCUGACCUUUUUCUGUAACUGUGACGCAACUUUUGAUGGACGAUUUAAAAAUAAACCCCCCGCGUAUCUUGUGAAACGUGGAUAAAAAUGAAUUCUCUCGAUUUGGCGAAUUAAACGAUAAAGCGGAACUAAAAUUUCGCGGCUCGAAAGCAUUCUGGGAGCCUUAGGCACCAGUAAGGCCCCGGCUCUAAUAUCCGUCUAUGAAUAACAAUAACCGUUACCCAGAUAAAUUUUUUUUUUUUUUUUUAUUUAUUUAUUUAUUACACAAUCUAUAAACAAAAUUGACAACUAGCUUAAGCGGUGAACAAUUUAUCAAUACGGCCGUUGAGAAAGUUGCGAGUGAAGAGACUAGCCUCGUUGGUGGUACUUUGACGUGUUCGGCUGGAAUGAAUCGUCUAUAGCAGGUCACGGAAACCAAUUACGUUUUAACCGUCUUUCGGGGCGAUGGCGGAAGACGGGAGUGAAAUUUACGACAAGAAGUUAUAGCGACUUUACGGACGAGAGGAAUCGAAAGGUCGUAGCGGACUGAGCGGUUGGAAACGUAGAAUGGCGCUUUAGCGAUUUGGCGGAGGCAUUUAGAUUGAAUUGUUUGUACACGAUUUCAAGUCGGAGCCCCCCCCCCGCCCCCCGCCCAUACUAUAAAACAAAUUUCGCGUCCCCGGUCGCGUUUACAAUAUUAAUUUGUUUGAACAAUCAACGUACGGAAUUUACACAGAUUACGAAUUUAACCAUUCGCAUUUCUUGUACGCUGCACGUGAAAAUUACAACGUUUUUCGUUUUCAGUUUUGCCGUCCGGAAUGUUACAACUGCCGUUUUACCAUAAAAAUCGAAUUCAGUAAGUACACUCGAUAUAAUAGAUGGUAUUUUAUUGUUUCAGAUCGGAAUUUAAUAUUGGCUGUUAUAAUACGCGUAGGCGGUGUUAUAAUAAUAUAAUCGAGGUUGGGAUUUUAUUUUACGGUUUUUUUUUUUUUUUUCAAUAGAAACAGGUCAUGCUAUAAUAUUUUUACGAAUAAACCUUAUAGAAACAGUUAUUAUUUUCAACCGCGUACAAUUAAUAAUAUAAUUUUUAUCAGGUUAUUGUCAACGAAAUCCACAAAUAUUACACUCCGUUCGAUUUAGAAUAAAACCGAACGAAUAUUAUGUAAAUUUUACGAACCUAACAUUUACAAUAUUUCAAUUGUAAAUCCACCAUUUUUUUCUUAUCUGUAUUUUCCGGUUUUUAUUGCAUUUUUUUUCUUUUUCGCGCAUAUUUACGACAUUUUAAACGCUAUAAAAUCCCGACCAUGAUAAUAUUGCGUAGACUAACGCCUUCCGUAUAAUAUUAUGCAUUAUGUAUCUACUUUAUAGAGCACUGAAUUACGGAAUGGUGGGUUUGGUCGUUGGUCACGAAAUAAUGCACGCGUUCGACGACUCGGGUCUGUAACUAUACGGCAAAUUAUGCCUCGCGGUUAAUAAAUAAACAUAAUUAAAUAAAAGAUUUUUCGAUUUGAAAAAAAAAAAAAAACAGGCAGAAUGUUCGACAAACAAGGCAACAGGCGACAGUGGUGGACCCGGGAAACGAUGGAGACGUUUUUAAAAAAAGCGGAAUGUUUCGUUCAACAGUACAACAAUUACAAUUUGACCGUACUCGGCAAUCAAGUCAAGGUAUAAUGAUAAUUUAGCAAUCUAGUCGAAUUUAAAUCGUUUGAAAAAAAAAAACUUAUGUCCGGUUUUGCGACGCACAGAGUGAUCCGUUUAACCAGCGAUUUUCACGGAGGAUUUUAAGUGAAUUUUAUUUCAGUUUAUUUCCUCAAUCGUUAUUUUCAAUUGUUUACCCCUAAUAUUUGUGUACAUUAAAGGAGUACAAUAAACUACAUAUCAAUCCGUUGUUCUUCCGGUUUUUAUAAUCUUUCGGUUGCUGCAGGUAGUCCGCAGCUAUCCGUGCUUCUGUGUCAAAACUAAAAUUCUUUAACUCUCAUUAACUGUUAUCAUUCCCGUGUUCUUAAAGAUAAUUCCCCCCCCCCCCCGUGUACGGAACUAUAAAUUCAAUAACGAAUAGGACAGGGUCAAUGAACGUUAUACUGAGUUCUUCAUACCGAGCCCAUGUGGUAAAAUCCACUACUCGUGAAAAAUAUCAUGCAUAAAUUAAAAAUUCUAGUUUUCAGAAUUUUUAAGUGCAGUGAACUUCGUACGCUUAGAUUUUUCGCAAUAUUUCAGGACUAUCUAUGGCAAUGACAAAUUUGGUUUUUCAAAUGAGAUCCUACACGUUUUAUUUCAAAUUUGUAAUCAGAUGUAUUUUCUAAAAAGGUUGACGUAUUGUAAUCGAAAUUUGAACGAACAUUUUCUGUUUUUCUGCCUACUACACAUACAAAUUCCAGAAAUCAGAAUUUAAAUUUAUGCUUAACUUAACCAUAAAAAUCACCCUGUUUAUUAUUAUAAAUAUUUAAGAAAAAUGAGGUAAUGGAGGAUAUCCUCCCCAUUUCCCGUUUGACUGUCCCUGAAAGUUACUACAUAAAAUUCGAACAGUGAAAAAAUCGAAUUGAAUAAUUAUAUAGUUACCGAUUGCAUUCUAGCCUAAGAGCCUGUAGCCUAAGUGUACGUCAUCCGUUAUCCGUUUCGAACGUUUUUAUUGCCUUACUAAAACGACAAAAACGCACUAUUAAUACAAUAGUAGUCAUCAAAUUAACAAAAUUAUUUUUGUAUACUCAUUAGGUAAACGGCCAAAUGACUCAAAACGAAAAUAUCGCAGACAUCGGCGGUCUGAGCCACGCGUACAUAGCGUACCAAAAAUACGUGAAAAAUCACGGAGCGGAAAACCGGCUACCCGGACUACCGGAAUUGUCGCCGGAACAGUUGUUUUUCGUGGGAUUCGCUAGUGUGAGCUUGCAGAUUGUUUUCUAAAAGAAGAAAAAAAAAAGAUAUUACAAUUGUUAUUUUAAUCGAAAUAUCUCGCGAAAAUUUACAGAUAUGGUGUGAAUCGACGACCGAACAGACGCUGUUGAACGAUCUGUUGACCGACGUCCACAGCCCGGGUCGAAUUCGAGUGUUGGGCACCUUAUCGAAUUCGGUGGAGUUCGCCAAAGCGUUCCAAUGUCCGGUCGGAUCGCCCAUGAAUCCCGAAGACAAAUGUAAAAUUUGGUGAAGACGAGAACAAUAUACAAACCCCGACAAAAAUAUCGACAAUUUUUGUAUUUUUCGUGCAAUUUAUUUUAUUUUAAACUAGCUAUCCCGCGUCCGACGCUGUCCGUGCAGAUUUUUUAAUUAUUUUUACCUUUAUUCCCGUUUUGCUUUACCCGUAUCAGCAUAUUGAACGGAAAAAAAUUGGUGGAAAGUGGGC